GAGAGAGUGGACAUGGUUUCUGUUUCUGAAGGAUUCAUCCAGUGUGACAGCUGAUGCAGACUAUUCUCAGAAAGUUCGAGGAACACUAAGAAAGAGUUGCUAUGGUGAUGCCAAUCAGAAUGGCUCCUCCUCUUCCUCUGAUCUUUCUGUUCAUAAUUUACGGGGUUUCUAGCUCUGAAUGGGGUGUGAGUUACAGUUCUUCUCAAAUCUGUGCACUGAUGAAUUCAUCAGUGAUAAUGAACUGUAGCUACGCAUACCCUCCUGAAAAUCUGAUAAUGACAGCGUUUUGGACCAAUAACCCUACAAAAGUGGGAGCAGAGCCUCCAGAUCUGUCUGAGGACCCUGAAUACAGUCAGAGGUUUCAGUAUCUGGGAGAUAAACAGCAGAACUGCUCCAUGAAACUGAAUCAUGUGACAAGGAAAGACGAACAGGAGUACUAUUUCAGAUUCACAGCUGACAAACCUAAUGGCAAAUGGAUUGGUAAACCUGGAGUGACUCUUACUGUCACAGAUCUUCAGGUGGAGUCUCCUGAGAGAGUGACAGAGGGAGAUUCAGUCCGUCUGACAUGUAAAAGCAGCUGCGCUCUGACUGACAGAGCAACAUUCAUCUGGUACAGAAACUCAGAGCCAUUAACUGAGAGAAGAGACAGAAACAAUACACUCCUGCUGCAGUCAGUCAGAAGAGAGGAUGCAGGCAGAUAUAGCUGUGCUGUACAUGGCCACAACCUCACAUCACCUGAAUUGAAGCUCAAUGUCACAUUUGCACCCAGAAAUGCGUCUGUGUCCAUCACUCCAUCUGGUGAGAUAUUGGAGGGAGAUUCAGUGACUCUGAUCUGCAGCAGUGAUUCAAACCCACCUGCAGAAAUCAGCUGGAUUAAAGGAGGAACAACUGUAGGAUCUGGAAGAAUCUACAACAUCUCAAAGAUCAGAUCUGAUCACAGUGGAGAAUACAAGUGCAAGUCCAUCAAUGAACAUGGAGAGAAAUACUCUGAAGCUGUCAAUUUAAAUGUCAUGUAUCCUCCCAGGAGCAGCUCAGUGUCUAUAAAUAGAUCUGGUGAAAUAGUGGAAGGAGAUUCAGUGACUCUGAGCUGCAGCAGUGAUUCAAACCCACCUGCAGAUAUCAGCUGGUUUAAUGGAGGAAUGUUUGUAGGAUAUGGAAGAAUCUACAUAAUUUCAAACAUCAGCUCUGAUCACAGUGGAGAAUACAAGUGCAAGUCCAUCAAUGAACAUGGAGAGAAAUACUCUGAUACUAUGACUCUAAACAUCAUGUACCCUCCCAGGAGCUUAGCAGUGUCCAUCAGUCCAUGCUGUGAAAUAGUGGAAGGAGAUUUAGUGACUUUGAUCUGCAGCAGUGAUUCAAACCCACCUGGGAAAAUCAGCUGGUUUAAAGAAGGAAAAUUUGUAGGAUUUGGAAGAAUCUACAGCAUCUCAAAGAUCACAUCUGAUCACAGUGGAGAAUACAAGUGCAAGUCCAGAAAUAAACAUGGAGAGAAAUACUCUGAUACUGUGACUUUAAAUGUCAUGUAUCCUCCCAGGAACAUCUUAGCGUCCAUAGAUGGAUCUGGUGGAGUAAUGGAAGGAGACACAGUGACUCUGAUCUGCAGCAGUGAUUCAAACCCACCUGCUCUGAACUUCAGCUGGUUCAAAGGAGAGAUGUUUGUAAAAUCUGGAAGAAUCUACAGCAUCUCAAAGAUCAGAUCUGAUCACAGUGGAGAAUACAAGUGCAAGUCAACAAAUAAGCAUGGAGAGAAAAUCUCUGAUGCUGUGACUUUAUGUGUAAUGUCAGUCAGAUGGUAUUUGUGGUUUAAAGCAUUCAGUGUUGGUGUGGCAGUUGGUGGUAUUUUUUUUGGAGCAUCAGUGUACAUUUGUCUUGCUAAAAAGAAGAACAGAAGAUCUGCUGUGAAGGACUCUGCUAACCCUGAUCCCAGUCAAGAUGCAAAUGUGUGCAGUUCUUUUGAUGUAAGUGAGAAGUCAAAUCAGAUAAUCCCAGAGGUGUGA